AUAUUAUUUAAUUUUCUCAUCAGAGUUAUUAGCAAAGUGAUACUUCCUCUGUAUUUUAAACCGUUUGUUCUUGUGGUGCCAUCUUAAAACGGAUUGGUUUCAAGUUUGUAACUCUUGAUGUAUUUUAUUAUGCUUCUGUUUGCAGCACUUCGGGCUGUCCUUUCGGAGAGAACUGCCAUUUCUUGCAUUACGUACCCGGAGGAUACAAUGCUGUAGCAGCUGACAAACAUGACACCACCCAUGCCUCAAGUUUCAAGAAACAUGCAAGGGAGAUUCUCAGGGAGAGGAGACUCUGGUCCUGGCCACCUCUCUAGCUUUGGUGCCUCGGCCACUGCAAAAAUCAGCGUGGAUGCUUCAUUGGCAGGCGCAAUCAUUGGAAAAGGUGGAGUCAGUUCCAAACAGAUAUAUCGUCAAACAGGGGCGAAGCUAACGAUUCAAGAUCACGAGAGGGACCCGAACCUGAAGAACAUUGAGCUUGAAGGAACGUUUGAGCAGAUAAACGAAGCGAGCGUGAUGGUUAGAGAGCUGAUUGGGAGGCUCAACUCGGCAGCUAGGAGACCACCAGCUGGUGUUGUUGGUGGGGUUGGUUCUGAAGGGAAACCGCAUCCAGGGAGCAACUUCAAGACGAAGAUGUGUGAGAGAUUCUCUAAAGGAAGCUGUACGUUUGGUGAUAGAUGUCACUUUGCACACGGGGAAGCGGAGCUACGCAGGUCAGGAAUCUCCUCCUGAGUUAUUAUUGCUGGAGUUAGAAGAGAAGUUUACUUGCAAAACAAGUCUCUUCCUUUUGUGCUCAAUUCACGUCUUCACCUACUUACUUUUUUUUUGUGCUGUUUUCUUUUGUUUAUGAGAAUACAAUGUUAGUUUCAUUGUCAUUGUAUGUUUUUUUUUUAGAAUUUAGUUUUUGUUAGAUCAAGUUUGGGAGGUUUCAUGAAUGAUAUUCACAACAAACAGUGGCUAGGAUUUGUAUGCUGCCUUUAUUUGAUUAUCUCCAUAUCAUCUGGUCAUAUGAUUUUCUGAAUAUGUUGAGGGUUUUUCUUGUAGUAGAAAAAAUAUCUAUAGGACAAAUA